AGGAUCAACAAUUUGGGAGAAUAUUUUUGGAUGCAAUUAUCCGUUUCUCGACGUUUGAUAGCUAAUUUGAUUCAUUUCCACAAUGAUACAUUAUGGGCAAAUGAGAUGAAGAAUGUUUUGAUGGAAUGCUGUACAGUUAUUCCUAAUUUUAUUACCGAACAAGAAGAAGCAUCACUUCUAGAUGAAAUUAAUCCACAUAUGAAACGAAUGCGUUAUGAGAAAUCACAUUGGGAUGAUGCUAUUCAUCUAUAUCGUGAACGAGAGCAGCUAAAUUGGAGAACGGAAAAUGAGGCUAUUUUAGAUCGAAUUCGAAGGCAUUCAUUCAAAAAAGACGAUAAGCAAUAUUCAUUUGUACAUAUCCUUGAUUUACACGAAGAUGGUGUUAUUAAACCGCAUAUUGAUAGUACUAGGUAUUGUGGCGAUAUUAUCACUGGUCUUUCCUUAUUAUCAGAUGCUGUAAUGCGUUUACGGCAUAAGGAUCAAAAAGAUCAACUCAUUGUUGAUUUAUUCUUACAAAAGCGAAGUCUUUACAAAUUAGGAGAAGUUAGUCGUUAUGAAUUUUAUCAUGAAAUUCUCGGAAAAGCAGAGUCGUACUUCAUGGGUAAGCCGAUCCCACGAAGUCGUCGCAUAUCGAUAAUAUGUCGUGAUCUCCCACCCAAUGUACAGGAAAAUGAAUUACCACUGCCAACAAUGCUGCAGAAAAAAACAGUUGCUGCAACAAGCGAUACUAAUCAGAUGAUUUAGUUAUUAUUAUGGCCAAAGUGAGCUUAGAAAUUUUGUUUUUGGAAAGUCCAGAGAUCAAACCCCCAAAUAUCUCUUUCAUAAGAAAAAUCUGAUAAUGGAG